AUGACUGAAAUCGCAAAGUUCGAGCAAUUCGGAAUCAAUACGUUCUAUAACGGAAUUCCAAUAUUAGAUAAUGCCAGCGACUGGUUUAGGUGGAAUCAGAAGGUCAAUGAGUUUAUUCGGAUAUCUGCGGUUGCCGAUGAUGGAGCGACUCUACCGAUAGAAGAAGAAGAAGUACGGCAAUGGAUUUGCCGCCAAAAGUUCUAUUCUGCGAUGAUCACGGACAACUUCAAACCAGAAGGUUUCGGCACGUAUGUUAACCUCCAACGGCGAUAUAUGGCCCUUACAAGAGACAAGUGUGGGAGCACUCAAGCCCUUGGGGUAGAGAUUAGGAAGAUCCAUGCUGAAAAACUCCUCCUUGACCCUGAUUGUGUAACCUCCGAAAUUGAGCGAACAUUUUUCUUCGUGGACGCAAAUGGGAACGUCACUAAAGCGGUGCCUACAUUCGACUAUAUCGAGAAUAAGGCAAUUGAGGAAGAGUAUCGGAAGGGGCAAUUGGGCAAACAAACAACAGAGAUGUAA